AUGGGCGGAGGAGAAGGAGAGAAUGAGUCUGCAGAUAAGAAAAGUGAAGAGAUUGCCAAUGAAGACAACAAGCAUAAAGAGAAAAAAGAGAAGAAGCAAAAGAAUAAGAAAGACAAGGGAAACAAAGAAGGAGAAGAAGAUGAGCACAAAAACCCACAAGACAAGAACGAUCCAGCCAAGCUGAAACAGAAGCUAGAGAAGAUGGAUACCAAGAUUCAACAGAUGGUUGCAAAAAGAGAAGAAAUCCAAAAACUUCUAAAUGAAGUGGAGAAAGGGACCACAGAACCAGUCUAA